CUGGGCUUCGGGCGGACCGGCAGGGACUGGGGUGGGACCGGGGUGGGUGCCUCUGGGGUUACUGUCGAACUAACUAUGUGAGAGGCCGUGCUGUGACAGAAUGUGAUCUUGUCUGUCACCGCGUGUGUGCUUAUGCGCGACUGUAUGUUUCAGGUGCAAAACUGUGUGUGUGUCUCUGCAGGUAUAACUGUGUGUUACUGUAUAUGGGUUUGUGAGAGACAUUGUGUGUGUCGCAGUAUGAAUGUGUGUGAUUAUGUUUGACCACUUGUCUCUGUGGAUAUAACAGUGUUUGUGUGUGACAGCAGGUGUGAUUACGUACCUGUGUCCAUCUUCUCUCUGCAGGUAUAAAUUUGUAUGAGUAAUGAUGACAGGAUGUGUGACCUUGUGUGGUAUGUCACUGUGUGUGAGAUUGCGUGGGACUGUCUCUCUCAGUAAUUGUGUGUCAUUUAUCUUUGCGUUAAUGCCACUACAUAGGUAUUUGACAUUACAUAUGAGCUUGUGUAACCAUGGAUAGUGUAUGUGUGUGACUGGGUGAAAAUUUGUAUGAGUUUGUGAGAUGGAAAGCUUGAUUGUGUGGGACCUAGUGUGUGGUUGUGGGCACAGAAAGAUUAAAAUUACUUGCCCAAGUUCAGACAGUUAAUUAAUGGAACGGAGUCUCGAACCUAGGCAUUUUGGCUCCAGAGUCCUUGCUUUUAUUUAUUUAUUUAUUUUUAAAUGUUUUAUUUAUUUAUUCAUGAGAGAGAGAGAGAGGCAGAGGCAGAGGGAGAAGCAGGCUCCCCGCCUAGCAGGGAGCCUGAUGCGGGACUCGAUCCCAGGACCCUGGGAUCAUGACCUGAGCCGAAGGCAGAUGCUGAACCAUCUGAGCCACCCAGGUGCCCUGAGAGUCCUUGCUUUUAAUCACUAAACUCUCUUGAUCUUUCCCAUAUUGUGAGAAUGAAAAAUGGGGGCCCUGAGUUCUAAGGGUUUUGGAGAGGAUUGUCCAUGAUCUUGGACUAGGAACCUCUAGGAUAUGGGAUCUUGAUGUGGGUCUCUUCCUUGUGAGUCACAGGACCCAGUCUAAAGACACUGUAGUGAGACCAUCCUCAAAUUGACUGCCUCUGGGGGAGGAAAGCUCAACCUGAAACCCAGUCUUUCUCUCCUUAGACCAUGGACUUUGAGAUUUUAGCUUUGUCUUUGUCAGAACUCUUCCAUGUUUGGUGCUCAGAGAGGCUGAUCCAUGGCUCUUUUUCUUAUGUACCAAGUGAGCUAAAUUUUGGUUCUGACUUUCUCAGUUAAUAAAGCAAAAUGUUCUCAUUUCCUUUGCAAAUGUGUGUAUAAAAUGUAGGCAGGAACAAGGGUAGCACUUCUCUAUGCCAGGAAUUGGCUCAUGCAGUCUUGACAGUGAGGAAAGAAAUGUUCUGAGAGAUGGAGUAUCUUGCCCAAGGUCAUGUAGCCAGUAAGUGAAGGAGUGGAGAGUUAGCAUGUGCCUAGGGGUUAUAUAAAACCCAAGUCUUUAAAAUCAGCUUCUUUCAGAGACUGAUGUUCAUCUCAAACUUGGAAAACAUUACCCAAGUGAUACACAGCUAUUUGCAAACAGAAAUUUAAAAGACAUUUCUUUUAUGCAGAUGCUACAUAGGGUUCCCAGUUGCAGAGAAUACUUCACUGAUUCUUCUCUCAGGUUGCAAAGGCUUUUAUGGACAAUUUGAAGCUGCAUUGCGCUAAUGAAAUAAAUUCCUGAAACAGUGAGUUGGCUAGUGCAGAGUAGCCCAGAAUUAGGGGGUCAUGUAUCCUAAAUUCUAGGUCAAACACAACUAUGCUCACUUUCAGAAUGAAGAAAUGUUGGCUCUGAGGGGACUGUGCAAUUUGUUAUUGGUUUGUAUUAAAAAUGAGCAAUGCCUGCCUCAAGCUGUAUUCCCGUGAAGUAAUAAAGGUAAUAUCUGCCAGCUCUGAAGAUGCUUCUCUAGUAAAUAUAUAGCAUUGAUUCCCCAGGUUAUGUUACAUAUUUCAUUCAGACAUUGUAGGCUCUUGAAAGAGGACCAGUUUUUGAGUCUCAUUGCAGUUUUAACUCUUUUUUUUUUUUUUAAAGAUUUUAUUUAUUUAUUUGAGACAGAGAGAAUGAGAGAGAGAGCACAUGAGAGGGGGGAGGGUCAGAGGGAAAAGCAGACUCCCUGCCGAGCAGGGAGCCCGAUGCGGGACUCGAUCCCGGGACUCCAGGAUCAUGACCUGAGCCGAAGGCAGUCGCACAACCAACUGAGCCACCCAGGCGCCCCACGGUUUUAACUCUUAAUGACUGAGUUAGUUGUUUAAGCUUUUUGAACCUCAGUUUUACUUGUUGGUAAAAUGGGGAUAAUAAUACUUAUCUUUGCAGUUUUGUGAAGAUUAAGUACGAUAAUGACAUAUACAAUAUGUGUAACAUUGCCAUUUAUAUUACAGGAGGCACAGCAAGAUUUAUUUAUUCAUUUAACAAAUAUUUUUUGAGCCCCUGCAAAGAUUCUGGCAUUAUUCUAACACCAGAGAUACACCAAUGAACCAAAUGAAUCCUAGUUCUAUUAGAUCCUACACUAUUGUUUGGGGAGACAACAAUAAAGAGAAAAAAAACAUGUCCAAUGGUGUCAGAUGCUAAGAAGAAAAAUCAGCAUAAGGGAAAAGAGAAGGGAGGUUCUCUUUAGAUAGAAUUUUCAGGAAAGUUCCUCUGAUGUGGUGACAACUGAGCACAAACAGGAAUGAAGAGGGAGUGAGCCAUGUCCAGGAAGAAGGAAAAGCAAAGGCAACAGCCUUGAAGAAGGAGUAUGCUGUGUUUGAGGAACUGUAAGAAAACCCCUGUGCCUGGAGUAGGGACCUUGUUCUCCAAAAGAGAAGAUUGAAGAAGGAAGGAAGAAUGGCUGUUGGACUUUGUAAAGCCAUGUCCCAGGGUCUGGUGACCUUCAGAGAUGUGGCUCUAGAUUUUUCCCAAGAGGAAUGGGAAUGGCUGGACCCGUCUCAGAAGGAUUUAUACAGAGAUGUCAUGUUGGAGAACUACAGGAACUUGGUAUGGCUUGGACUCUCCAUUUCUAAGCCCAACAUGAUCUCCUUAUUGGAGCAAGGGAAGGAGCCUUGGAUGGUGGAGAAAGAGAUGUCAGAUGGUCAGUGUGCUGACUGGGAGUCUUGGUAUGAAAUCAAGGAAUUAUCUCCAAAAUGGUACAUUGAUGAAGAGGAUAUAUCCCAGGGGAUGGUAAUGGAAAGACUUACAAGUUAUGACCUGGAAUAUUCCAGUUUCAGAGAAGCCUGGAAAUAUAAGGGUGAAUUUGAGCAGCAUCAACGAAAGCAGGAGAGGCAUUUCAGGCAAGUGACAGCUGUUAAGGAAAUCUCUGCUGUGAAAAGAGACAAUAAAUAUAAUAAUAAUGAGAGAAGUGUUCUCUUGAAAUCAGUACUUUCAACACAAGAGAGAGUUCCCACAGUAGAGCAAGUACAUAAAUUUGAUAUUUAUGAUAAAAUGUUUCCCCCAAAUUCCAUCCUAAUUGAACAUAAAAGAUUACCUGCUGAGAACGAAUCUUUGAUAGAUAAUGAAUGUGAAGAUUUCAACCAGAAUACAUACCUUAGUAAAGAUACAGGAAUUCCUCCUGGGGAAAAACCUUAUGAAAGUAAUGAUUUUUCAAAUCUCUUAAGUUUCCACUCAUUACUUACUCAACAUCAAGCAACUCAUUUUGGAAAAUUACCGCAUGGAUUCAAUGACUGUGAUGAUGCCUUUAGGUGUUAUUCAUUCUUUACUCAACCUCAGAGAAUUCACAGUGGAGAGAAACCAUUUGUAUGCAAUGACUGUGGAAAAGCCUUUAGCCAUGAUUUCUUUCUCAGUGAACAUCAAAGAACUCAUAUUGGAGAGAAACCAUAUGAAUGUAAGGAAUGUAACAAAGCUUUCAGACAGAGUGCACACCUUGCUCAACAUCAGAGAAUCCACACUGGAGAGAAACCUUUUGCGUGCAAUGAAUGUGGGAAGGCCUUUAGCCGUUAUGCCUUCCUUGUUGAACAUCAGAGAAUUCACACAGGAGAGAAACCAUAUGAAUGUAAGGAAUGUAACAAAGCCUUCAGACAGAGUGCACACCUCAAUCAGCAUCAGAGAAUUCACACUGGAGAGAAACCCUAUGAAUGUAAUCAAUGUGGAAAAGCCUUCAGCAGACGCAUUGCCCUUACUCUGCAUCAAAGGAUUCAUACAGGAGAGAAACCCUUUAAAUGUAAUGAAUGUGGGAAGACUUUUGGCUAUCGCUCACACCUUAAUCAACAUCAGAGAAUUCAUACAGGUGAAAAGCCUUAUGAAUGCAUCAAAUGUGGGAAGUUUUUUAGGACUGACUCACAACUUAAUCGACAUCAUAGAAUACAUAGUGGAGAGAGACCUUUUGAAUGCAGUAAAUGUGGGAAAGCCUUCAGUGAUGCUUUAGUUCUAAUUCAUCAUAAGAGAAGUCAUGCAGGAGAGAAACCCUAUGAAUGUAACAAAUGUGGGAAGGCCUUCAGUUGUGGCUCAUACCUUAAUCAGCAUCAGAGAAUUCAUACUGGAGAGAAGCCCUAUGAAUGUAAUGAAUGUGGGAAGGCUUUCCAUCAGAUCUUGUCCCUUAGGCUACACCAGAGAAUUCAUGCUGGAGACAAACCCUAUAACUGUAAUGAGUGUGGGAAUAAUUUUAGCUGUGCCUCAGCCCUUAGACGACAUCAGAAAAUUCAUAAUAGAGAAACUCUCUGAUUAUAACAAGUAUAUGAAAGAACAUUUAGUCACCACUCAGUCCUUAUUAAAUAAAUAUCAGUGAAUUCUUUGGUUAAUGAUUCUAUGAAUGUAGUAAAUAUGGAAAAGCCUUCAGUUUAUGAGCAUCCCUUAUUUGAAAUAGCCUGAAUAGUAGACAUCUAUUACUUUUGGAUCUGUUCUAUGCCCCAUUUGAAACUUACCUCACCCUCAGUGCAUAUCAUUCUGAUGAAACUAUUAGGGAGAGCAGUGGAUUGGUCAUAGGCUGGCCACAAUUUGGUUAAUAAGGGAGUGGCAGAUGGCCCUGUUUGGACCACUAGAGCCCUAGGGGGGUAUUGUUAUGGAUAGUAAGAAAAGAUCAUUUUUUUUCCUGGAAUUGCAAGUUUCACGGAUUUAAAGGAUUUUUCAAGGUUCAAAACUCACCAGUAGCUUUUUUGUCACCGCAUGAGGAAAGCCUUCCCAAGAUCAGUCCAAGACAGAGGAAAAUGGAGAUAAGAGACAAAUCUGAUGACAUUGUUUGACCUUCUGAAUUCAAUCAUGCCUGAAGUCUAUACCAUCUUUUACUUUUUAAUUUUUGUGAUCCAAUAAAUUUUCUCUUUUUGCUUAA